AUGUCAGAAAGAUACGGACGCAGACCGGUAUACGUAUACACCACGAUCAUAUUUGUCGUUUCCUCUAUUGGGAUCGCUCGUGCGGACACGAUCGGUGCUGUUAUCGGCUUGCGAUUCCUGCAGGCGGUUGGGAGCUCCACUGCACAGAGCUGGCACGCUCUCGGAUGUCUUUUACCCCAACCAGCGCGGUCGGGCUUUCGGAGUAUACUACAUAUUCCCCAACCUUGGUCCGCUUCUUCGCCCAUCUUUGGCGGGUUGCUCGUCCAGUGGCGAGGAUGGAGAGCGAUCGCGUGGUUUCUGGCAAUAUACGGCGUCGCUAUGUGGCUCAUGAUCCUCGUCUUCCUUCCCGAGACGUCCGUCGGGCUGAAAGCACGACAAGCAGCAAUGCACAUCCUCCCAUCCCCGACGACCGACUCUGAACCCCGAAGAAAGAAAUGGCACAAGCUCCUCGCAGAAGAAACGUUCAAUCACUGUCUCCUCCCACUCCAGUCGCUCAAAUAUCUCGCUUUCCCCCCGAUAGGACUAACGACGCUCUACAUCAGCAUCUGCUUCUCCUGCACCUUCGCGUACUCCACCGAUCUUCCAUACGAAUUCGCCGUGCCGCCAUACAACUUUUCCCAAGUCAGCAUUGGGCUUGUGUUCAUCGCCGGCUGUCUAGGUGGGAUCCUAGGCAGCCUAACAAGUGGAAAGCUGAGCGAUAUGGUCGUCAUCCGUGCCAAGCAGAAGAUGGGGGACGCCUAUCGGCCCGAAGUACGCCUACGCGUCUCCUGGCUCGGCGUGCCUUUUGUUCCCAUAGAAUUGCUCAUCUACGGGUGGACGAUCCAGACUGGCCAGUUCUGGAUCGUCCCUUUGGUCGGGAUAUUCUUCUUCGCACUAGGGAUGCAGCUCACCAACUCGCCUAUAAUCGCAUACUACUCCGAGGCGGUACCGGGGAAAGCAGCGAGCGUGGUCGCGGUGCACAACUUGUGUCGGAUGUUCUCGGGCGUGGUCGUCGCUGCUGUCGUACCUAGCGCUACGGGAAGUAUAGGCACGGGGUGGUUCAUGACUAUCUUGGCAUGCCUGACGGCGGUGGGGGCGUUGGCGCUGGAGGCGGUAAGACGGUGGGGCGGGAAAUGGAGGAAGGAGAGGGAAGAAAGGGAGCGGGAAAGAGAGGAGAACGAGCCUUCUGUGUCUACCCCGCCGCUUAGAGGUGAGAAGACGCGGUGAGGCGACGUACUUUAGUGCGAUCCAUAGGGUGACUGGGAUGUAUCGAUAGAGCUCAUUUUGGAUACCAGUGCC